AUGGCUUUGUUCAUAAGCGCGACAUCCAUUGAAACUGCUCUUAAGAUUGCGAGAUUGUUGGAACGGAAUAAAGGGAUAACGAAGCAAAUGAAUUUGCAUAAAGCAAUGAUUAAAUCGGUAAAGAGCGCCCUUUGUACUCCAGUUCUUUUGAUACGGCACGAUGGGCAGCUAUAUGAAGCGUCACUCAAGUCGCAUCUCAAAACAUUCAACCUCGAAUUCCUUCCUGAACUCAAGUUAUUCGACCGACUUUUCCUCCUCGAUUUUUCAUCCAAGCAGAAGCUUUACGACGUAAUAUUUCUCCUCAGUUUUGUCAGAAUGCGUACGAACACUCCAGCAGUUGCCAUGAGGUCCCGAUCGUCGACCCCUGACCACUCCUUGACGACUCAAGUGUUUGGCCGUCGUUCUCCUCCUCCUCCAAGCCGGACUUACGGGAGGAAAUACAAGACUCGUUCCCAACCCACCACACCCUUGUCUCGUCGUAGUGCUCCAACUCCGAGCACCCCUUCGCGUCGCAGACCCCCAGCCUCAUCUUCCUCCGCAUCUUCACGCCUUAGCUUCCGCAGCAUGGCACCGGAAUACGAACGACCAAUGCUCAUUCCUGAUACGCCUUCCAAUUCGUCGGGCUUUCAAGAUGCCACUUCUUCUUCUACCCCUUUGCGCCUUGAUUUUCGCGAUAUGGCACUAGAUUAUGUAGAGCCGAUCCUCCUUCCAGCUACACCUUCGCAGGAAUAUAACCCAAGCAGCCUUCCGUUAGGCAUUUCAGAUACAAGCACACAAGAGGUUGAGUUCUUGCAUCUAGACUCUGAUAGUGACGAAGAGCCGGUCUUGCUCUCGAUGAAAUUACCCGUCUCGUCAGAGUUGCAGGAUGCUCAAGUGCAAGUGAAAGACGAAGUCCCAGCUCACGUCCAUCUUGACAAUGCCCUUGAGAACGCGAUGACCCGCAUCAAAGCCUUUGAAGACACCGCAGAGAAGCGGAAUGAAUGCCCAACUUGCAUGGAAGUGAUGCUCGAACCGUUCAUGGACUGCCUGCACAAAUUGUCCGACCUAUAUCUCAGAGCUCGGUACAAUUUUGCUUGUCCCAGUUGUCGUACAAUUCAGGGCAGUUUCACUCCUAUCCCAAACUACUCGUCUCAACAAAGCGUCGACGAUAUGCUGGAGUCGAAAGGCCUCAAUGCUCCUACUCGUCAGCCUCUGAAUUGGCCGCGCGCGUUCCGGUCGGGCCCUUUGUCUCUUCCAUUCCCUCGCCGUACAGGAAUUUACCCUAUCUUACCCUCCGUAACUGUACCUGCCCCUUUUCCCAUAUCCAUUGAUGACGAUGUUUAG